AUGGCGUUGAGACAAUUUGAAGAGUGGCUGGAAAAGGGCAAGUCUUUGGCCAAUGACCUGGCACAACAGCAGCUCCCCAUGCUAGUACUAGCAGAGCUCAGGACCAUGAAAAUCAUCCUGAAGAACAUGAUCUUGAGUUCUAUCUUAAUCAACUGGCUGACCUCAUUGCCUCCACUGAUGUUCCCUCGCCAACUGAAGAAGAACCACCUUUGGUAUCAGAGUGGGCAAAACGGCAGCAACAGUUGGGAGAGCAAAUGA